AUGUUGAUCAAAGUUGGCCGUUCCAAAUCGCAUAAUAGACGUAAAAAGAAUAGUAGUGAAUCCGAUGAAGAAAGUACUGGCAUUCCACAGAAUUACUUGAAAGUUCUACAUCCAGUAGUAAAUGAGAAGCGAGUGCAAUUCAAUCUUGGUAUACCAUCAACACUUACCCCUAGAGGCUAUGCAAAGCUAGAAGCGAAACUUACAUCUCCAAAUAUACAGAAACCUAUACAAGAGAAUGGUUCUACUUCAGUUCAAGUCUUUAAAGAGUUAUUCAAUCAUAAGAAAUCGGAUCAUAUGUGCAAGAAUAGCAGUGGGCAUUCACCAGAGAAUAAAAUUUUAUAUCCAAAUCCAACAAGAAUGAGAAGUUUUAAAAGUAUUGAAUACGAAAUAGUUGUACGUACAGUUCGCGAGACGAAACAACUUUACGAAGAUCCAGAUUUCCCUGCAAGUGAUAUUUCCAUUGGAAAUAUACCUGACCUCAAAGGCAAGGUAGAAUGGAAAAGACCAAAGGAUAUCAACCGUGAUGCACAAUUUUUUACAGGUUCUCCAAGUCGUUUUGAUGUCGAUCAAGGAUAUCUUGGUGACUGUUGGUUUAACGCAGUAGUUGCUUCAAUUACAAAGUACCCCCAACUCUUGUUUAAAGUCAUACCACAGAAUCAAACUCUCAAAGGUUCAGAUUACUCAGGUGCAGUUCAUUUUCAGUUUUGGCGUUUUGGUCAGUGGAUAGACGUUGUAAUUGAUGACCGUUUACCUGUUCUCAAGGGAACUUGUCGAUUGGUAUUUAUGCAUUCGACAGAUGGAAAAGAGUUCUGGUCGUCAUUACUCGAAAAGGCAUAUGCUAAACUUUGUGGGACAUAUGAACAUUUAACUGGUGGAUUUCAAAGUGAAGCAAUGGAGGACUUCACUGGAGGGAUAUGUCAAACUUUCAUUUUAAGAGGUGAAGGUCGCCCAGCAGAUUUAUUGAAAAUGUUGCAAACAUAUUCAAAAACAUGUUGUCUUAUUGGUUGUGAUGUUGACGGUGAGCGUAUUAAGAAAAGGGAACAGUUAGGACUGAUUGAAUCUCAUGCCUACAGCUUAACAGGAUUCGCCUGUGUUAAUUAUAAGGGCAAAGACCAAUACAUUGUGCGUUGUCGUAAUCCUUGGGGAGAAAAGCACGAAUGGAAAGGACCUUGGUCAGAUAAAUCAGAAGAAUGGAAGCAUGUUAAGUCUAGAGAUAAAAAAGCAUUAGGAUACAAGGAUAAAGAAGAUGGGGAAUUUUGGAUGUCACUUCAGGAUUUUGAAGAUAAUUUUGGUCUACUUGAAGUAUGCCAUCUCGGGCUAAGUAGUUUAGAAUAUAACGAGGAAAUUGAAGGGAAACAACGAAUGAAUGAAAUUAUGUUUACCGGUCAAUGGUGUGCAAAUGUUAAUGCCGGUGGAUCGAUGAAUAACAUGGAAUCUUACAGCACAAAUCCUCAGUUUUCAUUCACAAUUAGGCGUGGUAGUAGGAAAGAUGAAACCAAAGCACUUGUAAUCGUGGGACUUAUGCAAAAACACAGAAGACGUGAUUAUGGUGGAGACUAUUUGAGUAUUGGUUUUUCAAUAUAUGAGGUAUCUGCUAAUCAAAGAACACGUUUAACAUUAGAUCAGCUAGCAGAUCGUAAACCACUGGCAACAUCAGACUAUAUACCGCGACGUGAAGUCACGCUUGAAGAACAUUUGUUCUCUGGAUCAUUUAUAGUAAUACCGACAACAUAUCAUCCAAAUGAAGAAUGCGAAUUCAUAUUUCGUAUAUUCAGUUCAAGUGAAAUGACUCAACAAGAAUUAGAUGAUACAAAUAUUUAUGAAGGAAUUCCAAAAGAGAUAAUUAACGCUCUCGAAGCGACAUUGCUAUCUGAACUUUAUUCAAUGGAAGAAAGAUUUGCCCAGUUGUGCAAUGCUGAGACAAAAACAAUUAAUGCUACACACCUAUCCACUAUUUUAAAUCACAGCUGUCUCAAAGAAAGCAUGCAUGAUUUUGAUGGAUUCACUGAAAGUUUGUGCAGAACACUACUACCUUCAGUAUCAACAAAUCUCACAGGUAGUAUCGAUUUACAAGAGUUUCUUUUCCUGUGGGCACAAAUGAAGACAUGGAAGCAUAUUUUCCAUAAAAAUCAGAAACAUGGACACGUUCCAGGUUACAAACUUCGUGAAAUGCUGAUCGAUGCAGGUUAUCAUGUUAGCAAUCGAGUCUACCAUUCAUUAGCAUGUCGGUAUAUUGAUUCAAAGAAGUGUACUAUAAGUUUUGAAGAAUUUCUACAUUGUAUGGCAAGACUUAGAAACGGUUUUGAUGUCACAAGUAUUCACCCAAGAAAUCAAAAAAAUCAAUUAGUAUUUACUGUAGAAGAUUAUCUACGAUUUUCACUUUCAACCUGA